GAGUGCUCCCAGCGCGCCACCAACGGGCGAUUCUCGCUGCGGGACCUGCUGAUGGUGCCCAUGCAGAGGGUGCUGAAAUACCACCUGCUGCUCCAGGAGCUGGUGAAGCUGGGACGCGAGGGACGGCCGGAGGGCUGGCUGGGGGCGCUGGGCGCCAUGAGGGACCUGGCCCAGUGCGUGAACGAGGUCAAGCGGGACAACGAGACCCUGAAACAGCUCACGAGCAUCCAGCUCUGCCUGCACAACAUGCCGCAGUCCCUGGCGCAAUUUGGGCGCCCCAAGAUCGAUGGGGAGCUGAAGGUCUCCAGCGCCGAGAGACGCUCCAAGGUGGACAGGUACGGCUUCCUGCUGGACAAGGCUCUGAUCAUCUGCAAGCGCCGCGGAGACUCCUACGAGACCAAGGACGUGGUGGACCUCCAGAGCCACCAAGUGCACGAUGGUGACCUCGAGCCUCGUGAUGGCAAGAAGUGGUCCCACACCUUCACGCUGCUGGACACGGCCGGGCUGCCGGACUACGAGCUCUUCUUCAAGACGCGCGAGCUGAAGAAGAAGUGGCUGGAGCAGUUCGAGAUGGCCCUGUCCAACAUCUUCCCUGAGAACGCCCUGGCUGAUGGACACGACUUCCAGAUGUUCUCCUUCGAGGACACCACGUCCUGCAGGGCCUGCCAGAUGUUGCUGAGGUAG